AUGCUGAAGGAUAUUGGUGACGCUGCUACCUUCUGUACUCACAAGACAGUCUUGAGCAAGGCUCAGUUUGCCGAGCAGAUCCAAAUCCUCGCUAGGUUACACGGCAGAUUCUAUGAUUCUAAGAUGCCCUUUUUCGAGAACUUGGUGGGAUACAAGGACCGGUUCAAUAACCUCAGUUCAUUCCUAGAUAUUGAAACGGUCUGCACCAAUGGGUUUAGAGCCGCUAAAGAGGUCAUACCAUCCCGACUUUUUGCGCGGGAGUCGGAAGUUUGGCCUGCGACGAUAAAGUCCGUAUAUCGCAAUGGCUCUCUGCCGCCGACAGUGGUUCAUGGCGAUGUUCACCUUGGAAAUUGGUACAUUACAGCAGAAGGUCGCAUGGGCUUGACUGAUUGGCAAGCGCUAUCAAGGGGGCAUUGGUCUCGCGAUCUUGCUUACGUCCUAGGCACGGCUGUCCCUUCCGACAAGCGCCGGCUUUGGGAGAAUGAAAUGGUUGAGCUUUAUGUUUUGGAAUUGGAAAAAGAAGGCGGGCCCAAGAUCGAUCCGAAAGAGGCAUGGUUGGAACUUCGAAGGCAAUCAUUUGGCGCAUUGUGGUAUUGGACAAUGACUCUUACACCGUCCACGGCCAUGCCCGAUAUGCAGAGCGAGGAGACGACCUUGGACUUUAUUGGACGCAUCGCUGCACUCAUAGAUGACCACGAUGCACUUGAUGCUUUCGAAAUUUAG